AUGGGUGCCGAAAUUUCUCGUCGGCAUCAAUCGACAAACAUAGGAUCAGAUACCUUCUCAACGGCAUUAACACACACAGAUUUGAAAAAGUCGACGAAACAUAACCAAAUGGAUCGAUUAAAACGAACAUUUAGUUUCCAUCAGAAGAAGAAAGAUAAUAGCAGUACUAAUAACAAAAAUUCCACAAAUAAGAAUGAAAAGAAACCGAUUCAAUGGCAUGAUGAUGACAAGUCUGUACGCGAUGGUACUUGUAGUUUUAAUGUUAAAUAUUUGGGUAGUGUAGAAGUUCAAGAAUCUCGUGGCAUGCACGUUUGUGAACAAGCAAUUCAAGCUUUAUUAAAUCAAAAAGUUAAACACACCAAAGCCAUUUUGUAUAUCUCAGGUGAUUCUCUUCGUGUUGUUGAUGAAACAAGCAAGGGUUUAAUUGUUGAUCAAACGAUUGAAAAAGUCUCUUUUUGUGCUCCCGAUCGUUUUCAUGAUAAAGGUUUUGCAUAUAUUUGUCGAGACGGUACAACACGUCGAUGGCUUUGCCAUGGGUUUCUUUCUAUUAAAGAAACAGGUGAACGUUUAAGUCAUGCUGUCGGUUGUGCUUUUCAAAUAUGUCUCGAACGUAAACAACAACGUGACCGAGAAUGUAGCGUUACUGUCGAAUAUACACCGAAUGGGACAUCAUUCACGCGUUUUGGUUCAUUUCGUUCCACAUCCAUUCUUGAACGUCUGAUCGAUCCUCAGAGUGCUAUCAUACCAGAAUCAACUCCAUGCCCUUCGGUUAAGACGAGUGUGGAUUCGUCAAGUCAAAAAUCGAAUCUUAUGGAACGACCACGCCCGAAAGGAAGCAAGUCUGAACCAUUCGUUCGUAGUAUGUCCAUGCGUACAGAUGAUUUCAAUCAAACAGCCAUUGGUGCGUUCAAACGACAAAGUUCGUUAAGACCAGGUGAUUUAUCAACAAUCCAAGAAAUGAAAUUCAAAGAUCCAUAUAUCAAUACAAUAACGGAAGAGGUGGAAAGCCAAAUAGCUGCAAACGAACUUUCAAAAUUGUCUUUAUUCCAAUCGUCAAAUAAAAAUAAUCAUAAUCACGUCUCUCUUCCUAUCCACAAUGUUCCCACCAUUCCACCUUGCCAAACUAACAUUCCUGAACAAACAACUGUAUCACUCACCGAUGCAUUUACUUCAAACUUAACCGCUCUUAUGCAAAGUAAUCAUCCAGUCAAUCCUUUUUCGCCAUACGGUUAUUCCAUGGCAGCUCAGGCUCAAUCAUCGUCGGCACAUCAUCAACAAUCAACGGUAUUCACACCUAAACGCGGUACCAAUCCAUUCGAUGAUGAUUUAAUACGACGAUGA